CAACUUUACAUUAGCAAACUAAUUAAAAUAAAUAAUUUAGACAUUUUUACAAACAAAUUUUAAGCUUACCAUAUUCCUCAUGUAAAAUGUAGCCUAGUAUGCAGUUUUUUUUCUCAUUACAAGCUAUUUGCUAUUGAGAAAGAUUUGAAAUAGUGCUGUGGGUUGUUUUCUGGUUUCUGUCCAAGCUCGAUGUCAGACUUCCCUCUUAGCAACGGAGUUUAACACUUAUUAGGCUGUACAUGAAAACAUACACGAUGUUCAUACAUAAACUGGAAUGCAUCUGAGUUAUGUAAAAAAAACUAAAUUAACUUAAAUUAGCUUACCCUAUUUCAGGUUAUGUUAAGGUGGAUUUAGAAAACGACUCUCCUGUGGGGUAAUUAAGGGGAAGUUGUAGUCAGUAAGCGUCUGUCAUGGGCAUGUGAGCAGUGCUCACUUGGUCCUCUGAACCUUAAACAUCCAACCAUUUUGACGUUAAUCCCUCAGCAGCGGAGCAGUCGAUGGAUUCGUCUUUAGAAAGCUCCAGCUCCUCUAACGGCCCCCCGACGCGCUGCUGUCGGACCUGUAAGAUCAUCGUGAUCGGGGAUGCCGGUGUGGGCAAGACCUGUCUGACACAUCGAUUCUGCACCGGACAAUUUCCUACCAGAACAGAGGCGACCAUCGGGGUGGAUUUUCGAGAGAAACUUCUUCAGAUAGACGGCGAAAAAAUAAAAGUACAGCUAUGGGACACGGCCGGUCAGGAGCGCUUCCGUAAAAGCAUGGUGCAGCACUACUAUCGAAAUGUGCAUGGUAUCGUCUUCGUCUUUGACGUCACAAACCAAUCCAGUUUCUGCAAUCUGCCUUUGUGGAUGGACGAGUGCCGUCAGCACUCUCUUGGUCUGGAAAUUCCACGUGCCCUAGUUUGCAACAAGGCUGACCUGAUGUCUUCAAAUGCUUCUGUGCUAAUCGAGCAGGCUCGUCAUUUGGCUGAAGUCCACGGGAUGUCUUUUUAUCUCACUUCAGCCAAAGGUCUUAAAGGCGACCAGGUGGACAGCAUCUUCAUGGCUUUAGCACAGAGGCUGAAGAGCCAGAGAAGGGAGAGCGUAAAUGGACGUGUGCUAGAGUGCAGAGCUGAGAGCUUAAAAAUCCAGGCACGGGUUAUAACAGCCCAAGAGACUAAAAAGAAAUGGACCUGCAUCUGCUAAAGCAUGAAAGCGUGUCCAUUUAAAACGGAUACAGCAAAAACAGUACGUCUAUUAAGAAUCGGCCACUGGUCAUGCCUCCAUUUUUAAUGACUCCAUCUGUAAUUUGUAAAGGGAUGGUCACUCAAAAAUGAUAAUAUACUGUACAAUUACUCACCCUCUGGGUAUUUUAGAUCCAGAGGACGUUCUUUUCCUUUAUCAGUAGGUUGUUAAAUGUGCUGUUUGACUCUUCUUAAGCAUAAAAAUACCAUAUGUUUGCAGAUAUUUGAGAAACUAAGUGAACAUUCCUCAGAAACAAUGCUGAGGUCAGUUAUUCUUUUUUUAAAAUGAAUGUGCGUGCUGUGUCAGAACAUCUCUUUGUUUUGGUCUCUAUAACCUGCCCACUGCCAGUUUACCAAUUACAUUUCGGCACCUUGGGUUGCCUUGAUUGCAAACGUAUUUCAGGUGUCAAUCCUACAUACUGCAUGUUUACAGAUCAAAUCAUUUUUGAAUUUCAAUGUCUCAUCAGGAUUUAUGAACAUGAGAUAGCUUUGUCUGUGUACAGUGGUCCCUCGCUAUAACAAUCAAUUUUCGCAGCCUCGCAGUUUUACAGAUUUAUUUUUUCAUGCAAUUUGACGUGCUUUUUUUUCAGCACAUUGUGUUCUGCUUUCAGAUUAUCUGUAGACCAUUGUCAAUCAAUCUCCUUCGCGCCAUGUCUCCUGUACAGCAAAGAAUGCGUUCAGCUUGCCAAAUUUACAUAAAUCUUCGAUCGCUAGUAGUGUGACUCUAAAGUACUGUACUCUACGUUUGCAAGUUUUCUCCCCACAAUGUCGACGAAACGUUCUGCACCGUCAAAGGCACCUGCGGUAGCACCCAAAAGGCAGAGAAAGAUGUUAACCGUCACACAAAAAGUUAGACUUCUGGACAUACUAAAAAAAAGUAGAAGUUACGCGGUUGUAGGGCGCCAUUACGGAAUAAAUAAAUAAAGAUCAAAUGGUUUCGAUCUUUGGCUUCAUUCUACAAUACCGGACUCUUUUUUUUUUUUUAUACUAAGGUUUCAACUUUUAGUGUUUAGACGAGAGAAAAACGUGUGAAAAUGUUAAUGCCUGUCUGAGAAAAGUGUAUAAAGUGUGUAGUGGGAGGUUUUACAGCCUUAAAGCAUCUAUAAAUAUUGUAAAAGCUGACUACUUUGUAGAUUUAUAUUUUUUUAUUCUAAAAAUGUCAGUAGCAGUUCAACCCUUCAAAGGCAAAAGUAUCUAUGCAUACAGUGAAACUGAACAAAAUGCAUAUUUUGCAUACAUAAAAUUUGAAAAAACUGUAUGCGAGAAGUACCUGAAUGAUCUACAGUACUACUUCCAGUGAGAUUCUUAAGGGCAUGUCUGAUGGACACUACGCUAUCCCAUAAUGCACUGAAUGAAAUUAUGAUGCAACUGACACAUGUAGGUCAUGUAAAAAUGACAACUGGCAGAUGUAGUAUGUCUGUGUUCCUCUCAUACUCACAUUAAUAUUGAAUAGAAUGAAAUUUUAUGACAGACUUGAAGUAAAUUGAAAUUGAAAUGUAGUACCCACUUGAGUAGUAUUUGAUUUCAGAUACAGCCUUUGUCUCAAGACAGAACGAAUGUCACAAUGCCUAUUUUAGGCCAUACUAAUUAAUCUUAACCAGAUGUGUAGUUACUGCACUUUGCCAUUGUAAGGCAGAGUUGAUUUGCCUUAUUACCCAUCACAAAGUACAACAAUCAAUUGUAAAUAAUAAUAAAAAAAUCACCAAGUACCACCCUUACAGUAAUAAAAAUCUAUUUUAUUAUACUGAAGAAAAGUCUACAACAUCUUAUGGUUUAAGGGUGAGUAAAUGAAUUGCAUUUUUGUAUUUUUGGGUGCUCUCUUUGAGAUUUUUUUUGUUUUGUUUGGUAGAUGAAGUCUAUGUUUCCUCAAACAACAGUGUGUAUGAACCAACACAUUAUAAUGAAAUAAACCGCGUAACAGUAAAAUUAGAUUUAAUUUCCUGUUUCUUUGUGGGCUUUAUUAUAGUUGAUGUUAAUGUGUAUUUUUAAUGCUGUAUUUUCUAGGCGUGAAUGUUUCUUCAUAUAUAUGUCUAUAGAUUUUUGGUCCUCUUGAAACAUCCACAUAACACAAUUAAAAUAUUUGUAGUUUA